AGGCAAGCCGAGGAUGGAGAAGGGGGCGUCCGAGCCGUCGCCGCUCGACUGCGCUCGCUGCGGCAAGCCCGCGUCCCUCCAAUGCCCCAAGUGCGCGCAACUGAAGCUUCCCCGUGAGGCUGCCGCUUUCUGCUCGCAGGAUUGUUUCAAGGCAGCAUGGGCCUCUCACAAGUCUGUCCACACUAAGCUAGAUGCACUGACAUCCCAGCUGUCUCUAGAAGGUUGGAAAUAUUGUCUGAAGAAAGGACGUACCCGGACACUGGAGCUUCCUCGUUUUGAUUGGACUGGUCCAUUGAGACCAUUCCCUAUAUCAAAGAUGCGUUUGGUACCAGUCGAAAUUGAGAAACCCGAUUGGGCGCUUGAUGGAAUCCCCAAGAUUGAACCAGAUAGCGAUUUGCAGAAAAGAGUAGAGGUCAAGACCCCUGAGCAGAUUGAAAGGAUGAGGGAAACAUGCCGAAUUGCAAGAGAGGUUUUAGACGCUGGUGCUCGUAUAAUCAAGCCAGGAAUUACAACAGAUGAAAUUGAUAGAGUGAUUCACGAGGAGACUAUUGCUAGAGGUGGAUACCCGUCUCCAUUGAAUUACCAUUUCUUCCCGAAGUCAUGCUGCACGUCAGUUAAUGAAGUCAUUUGCCACGGAAUUCCUGAUGCCAGGAAACUUGAAGACGGUGACAUAGUAAAUGUUGAUGUAACUGUAUACUAUAAAGGUGUUCACGGUGAUUUGAACGAUACAUAUUUUGUUGGAAAUGUUGAUGAAGCUUCGAAACAACUUGUCCGUGUUACCUACGAGUGCUUGGAAAAAGCUAUUGCAAUAGUUAAACCUGGAGUCAGGUUUCGGGAAGUCGGAGAAAUCAUAAGUAGACAUGCAUCCAUGUCAGGUUUAUCUGUGGUGAAAUCUUAUUGCGGUCAUGGCAUAGGAGAACUGUUCCACUGUGCCCCAAACAUCCCUCAUUAUUCAAGAAACAAGGCUGUUGGUAUCAUGAAAGCUGGGCAAACAUUUACGAUUGAGCCAAUGAUAAAUACAGGAAUUUGGCGUGACCGUCUAUGGCCUGAUGAGUGGACUGCAGUGACUGCAGAUGGUAAACGGAGUGCUCAAUUUGAGCACACCCUUUUGGUGACGGAAACCGGAGUUGAAGUUUUGACAGCACGGCUGCCCUCAUCACCCGACGUCUACCCAUGGCUGAAGCCCUCAUCAGCAACUAGCAAGUGACAAUAAGACUGCACAACCUUUUGAUCUACUUGCCAGUGAGAUGGUGUCAACUCUGUAGUCCAAAUCAUCUGGAUUUUCUUCGAGUCACAAGUUGCUACAAUCAUUGUGUUUUUUCACCGAGUGUUAAUCAUUAUGUACUUACAUGAGGCUGAGGCACAUGAGCUAUAGUUGGGUUUCCUUGGUGGUCCAUUUGUGUCUGCUACCAUUAUUAUUAUUUUCGGGAGAACACAAGACUUGUCGUUUCUUUUCACUGAAAAGGAGAAGUUAUGUUUACAAGCCUCCUGUGAGGCAGAUUA